GCCACCGAAGCGAUGGUCACCUCGGAGUCUGCAAAUCUGGCGGAAGAUCUUCCAAACAAGAAGAGUGAGCCGUUGCAAGAGGAGCCCGGGAAUUGGGCGCCAGCAUUGGUGGACCAGCAGUGGCUAGAGUGGAAGGCUUCUCACCCAAGACUCUGCUCCGUCUUCACGCAUGUCUGUCUUUAUAACGUUAGCGCGCCUUCGAACCGACUGGCAAUCAUGACGGCGCAAGACAUGCGCGAAGACAUGCUUGGCAUUGGAUCCUGCUGGUUUGUGCCACUCGUCCUUCUCUGCACCGCUUUCGGCGUUUGGCGGCCUGGGUUGCCUGCAGCAAGCAAUUCAUCCUUCCGCCUCGACAAGCUUACCGCUUGGUGGCAUCGCGGCCCACGGCUUUCAGUAAGUUCCGUGAAAGUCUACGUAUGCAUGCUGUUACUGAUUGAGCUGCUUGGCGUGACAGCGCCGAUGGUUGCAGUUCUCUCUGUGCCCGAUAUGUUGAGAAGAGUGCGGCGACAUCCGUACGGGCCAGGAGACGAGCUGGGCCUACUGCAAGGUCACAGCCUCGAAGAAACACCGCAUCUAAUGCCGCGGCUCACGUAUUUGUUCAUGCCAGAUCUGGACAACAGCACUGCUGACGGCUAUGCCUCGUUUCAUGCUGGCCUUCUAGCCACAAUGUUGUUUGCGUGGUGCAUCUUCCUGAUCGCACCAUGCGCCUGGAGAAUCACCUCCACCGCGUGCUAUGCUUGGGGAGCGGCGAUAUAUUUCUAUUUUGGCAGCCUGAGCAUGAUGUUUGCGCCCACCACCAGCGUGUGCUCGUCGUACUUCUUUGUGGUAGGUGCUGGCUUCGUGGUGGCAGACGCUGGAGAUGCUCAUGUGCAAGCAUGGUUGUGGAAGUACCUGGUCAUGAGCAUACUGGCACCAUACUACCUUGCAGCAGGCUUUGCGAAGCUGCGGUACGCUGGCUGGACAUCAGUUCUUACGGGGAGUUGGACGCGGAAAGCUCUAGACUUCCCGUCCUUUUUUCCCGUCUUCAAUGCUUGGGCAAAAAACACGCCAUGGAUGACAGCCCUACUAUCGUGCGGGUGGAUGCUCGUCGAGUUCGUGGGGCCUCUGCUCGUCCUUUCCAUCGAUGUUGGAAAGCCAUGUUCCAAGGUGGCGCGCUGGACUCUUACGAUCUGGAGUUCACUUGUUGUGUGCUUUGUCGUGGGGGUUUUUGCCUUCCUCAGCCCAAAUUAUGUUCGCCAUCUUCCGUUGGCAAUGCUGAUGCUGCAUGGUCUGUGGUACUCAGAUGGAUUCGAGAGCUGGCGUCCUGAAAGUCAAGGAGCCCCACCCUUGUUAUAUCACUCCAGGGUCAUAUUGGCAAUGCUGCUGUUGAGUUCGUGGUUUGCUGUUGAACUGUGGUCAGACCUAGCACAUCUCACCGGUGCCACCCCACAACUAGCAAGGCAUGAUCCAGGUUGGCCAACCGGUGAGUUGGCCAGUUUCGUCCAUCCUUCGAAGACAUCGAAUUAUGCACGCUCUUUGUCUCUCGAGAUGUUGGUCAUUUGCGGACUUUGCGUGAAGAAGUCGUGGGACGUUUGGGCCGCCACGAAGACCAGUGCGUAG